GCCUCUUUUCUCCUAGGGAAGCGAAGGCGGGAGACCCAGGAGAGCUCGGGUGGUCUGAGAUGGAGGGGACAGCGACGAGAGCUCCAGCAGCCAGGCGCAAGGGUUCAACCCGAGGUUCUUGCAAGACGCGGACAGCACGACCCCGGGCUCCCCAAGUUCCCUCUCAGGCUGCCCCGGACCUUACGGACGCCGCCGCAGGCAAGGGCUCUCUCUCCAGUGAGUCGGAAUCUCUGAGGAAGAAGACACCCCCUGUCCUCCAGGACAAACAACCCCCUGUCCUCCAGGACAAACAACCCCCUGUCCUCCAGGACAAACAACCCCCUGUCCUCCAGGACAAACAACCCCCUGUCCUCCAGGACAAACAACCCCCUGUCCUCCAGGACAAACAACCCCCUGUCCUCCAGGACAAACAACCCCCUGUCCUCGAGGAGAAACUCCCUGCCAGGGCCCCGAGGUCUCAGUCCACUAAGAAGGGGUUUUCCGACUCAGGGGACAGACAUACUCUGCGGGACAGGAGAGCAGCCCUCAAGGAGGAUCGCCCCUCUGGAGUCCCGAUGCCCCUAUCCAACGAACCGGGAAUCUUGCCCAAGGAAAAGACGGGGCCUGCGGAAGGGGAGAAGGGGGUCCUCCGUCAGAACUUCGUUGGCAGGAGGCUACAUCCUGUAGUGGAGAAACUGAAGCUCCGGCGCCCUGAGACAUCCCAAGCCUGCGCGUUGGUGAACAGUCUCAUCGACCACCUGCAGCGGCGGCUGCCCCUCUGGGACCCGGCCUUCGAAGGCAUUUCGACUCUGGGCACCGGCAGCUACUACGAGCAGGUUAAGAUUUCUGCUCCAAAUGAAUUCGAUGUCAUGCUUAAAUUGGAAGUUUCCAGAGUUGAAUUAGUAGAAUAUGAUGACACUGGUUCUUUUUACUUUGUAAAGUUUAAAAGAAAUCUAAGAGGGAACCCUUUGACCAGUUUUUUAGAUAAUGAAAUAUUAUCAGCUUCUAAGCUGUUGUCUCAAUUUAGGAAAAUCAUUAAGGAAGAAGUAAAACGUAUUAAAGAAAUGGACAUUGCCGUGGAAAGAAAAAAGCCAACAAGUCCAGCAGUAACCCUUCUAAUUAGAAAACCUGAAGAAAUAUCAGUGGAUGUAGUCCUAGCUUUGGAAUCAAGGAGCAGCUGGCCCCAAAGUACACAGGGGGGCCUAACAAUUGAAAACUGGCUAGGAAGAAAAGUAAAGGUGGAAUUUAAAUACAGGCCAGUUUAUCUUGUACCUAAGCCUGCAAAGGGAGGAAAUGGUCUUCAAGCAGACACAUGGCGGCUUUCCUUCUCACACAUCGAGAAGGACAUACUAAGGAAUCAUGGCAGUUCUAAAACAUGCUGUGAAACGAAUGGAGUGCCAUGUUGCAGGAAAAAAUGUUUAAAGUUGAUGAAAUAUCUUCUUGAAAAGCUGAAAAAGAAGUUUGAGAAGCGGAAGGAGCUAGACAAAUUCCAUUCCUAUCAUAUGAAAACUGCCUUCUUUCACCUUUGUGCUCAGAAGCCCGAUGACAGUCAGUGGCAAUCAGGAGACCUAGAACAGUGUUUUGAUAACUGUGUGAGUUAUUUUCUGCAGUGUCUCCGGAUAGAACAACUUGUACAUUUUUUUAUUCCUAGAUAUAAUCUGUUUAGCCGUGACUUCAUUGACAAAACUAGUAAAGAAUUUCUGUUAAGGCAAAUUGAAUUUCAAAGAAAUAAUAUGUUUCCAGUGUUUGAGGAAUAAGAUUACACUUAGAAAGAACCAAGACUUACAGUUGCUGUCAUAUUAAUAAAGUAAUUUCUUAAACUGUCAUUGGAUUUUCUUCUUGAAGAACAGACAUAUUCUCCUUUUGGUAGAAAGGGGCCAAGAAUGGGAGGUUAGAAUGGGGUAGGUGGGGCAAAGAAAGACUAAAGGAGAAGAAUGUUCCACAUUCCAGGUUUUGCCAAUGUAGGAGAAAGGAUAGGUUUUUGGCAAACUGUGAUAAAAAAAAUCAAUAAAAGCUUAAAAAUUUGUCAUUGACAAUUCUACCUAAAUUAAUUUACCUAUUCAGUGCCAUACCAAUCAGACUACCUAAAAAUUAUUUUAUAGAGCUAGAA